GCGGAGGAAGCACUCGACGAACAAAACACAAGUGACAGGAAACUGAUUAUUGUUAAAGUUUGAAGAUAUGAUGGACGAAGAACAAACGCGAAUUAGAGACGAAACCGAUACAAAUCUAGUUAACCUCCGAAGAGCAAUUUAUUUAACAAUUAUGUCUAGCGUUGAUUAUGAGGAGGCUGGUCAUAGGCUCCUCAGAAUCAAACUGGAGCCAGGACAAGAGAAGGAAGUGUGCAUUAUGUUAAUAGAGUGUUGUAGUCAUGAGAGAAGUUACCUUGGUUACUACGGGCUUUUGGGCCAGAGGUUGUGCAUGAUCAAUAAAGUCCACCAAGAAAACUUUGAGAUGUGUUUUGUUCAGCAUUACUCAAUGAUCCAUAGGCUUGAGACCAACAAACUACGUAAUGUGGCCAUGUUUUUCGCACAUCUCCUUGCGACUGAUGCUUUGCCUUGGCAUGUUUUGGCUUAUAUUCGGUUGACCGAGAAGGACACAACUUCCUCUUCUAGAAUCUUCAUCAAGAUUCUCUUCCAAGAGUUGUCACGCCAUCUCGGCAUUCGCGUAUUGUACAAGCGCCUUACUGACCCUAGGAUGCAGGAUGAUUUUGAAUCUCUUUUCCCAAGAGAUAACCCCAAAAACACCCGGUUUUCAAUCAACUUUUUCACGUGCAUUGGGCUUGGUGGGAUCACUGCGAAACAACGACAGUAUUUGAAAGCGGGAUCCAAUGAAAGCAGGAGUGGAAGUGAUCACAAGAGCCGCAAGCACCCAAGGAGAUGGUAGUUUCACUGAUAGUAUAGUUUCUUUUUUUCUCUUUUCUAGUUAGAUGAUGUAAAUGAGAGUUUUCUUCAAUUGGAUAAUCUCAUACCGUUCCUUGAUUACUUUUGCUUGCACAGUACUAUGGCGCACAA